CAGGGGGCAGUAAUCACAGUAAUCACCUCUGGUGCCCGGGGCUCUCUUCUCCAUGGCUUUGAGGAGGGGACUUCCUGUAAGGACUCCAUCUUGUUUGUGUGAGGCUGACAAAGUCAUUUGGGGCCUGCUCUCUUUGUCCUCAGCAGCUUUCCUUGAUCUUCUCUAAACCUCCAGCUCCAGAUCCCACAGGUUCUCUUCAUAAGCAGCCUGUGAGGACAUUGGUGACAGGUCACUGCCUUCAGGCCACACCAUGGGUCAUAAUAACACAGGUAACUCCUUACAAAGAAGAGCAAGAUGCUCGGGUAUUUACCGACGGAGGCAUAACAAUUGGUCUGGGCAUGUCCGUUCUGGCAUUGAUUCUUCAUCCCACCAGCAGCAAGAUGGAGAUCCAGCAACAAAUGACAGUCGCAUGAGCACCCGAGGAAGAUAUGCUCCCUAUGCCAUUCCAUCCUGUCAUUGGAGAGGCAGUUUUCAGAUACAAGACCAAACGCAAGCUAACAUGGAGGGAGAGCAAAAGCGUCCAGAGACAAGAAUGGAGGGGGAGAGGCAGGAUGAGACCUCCAGGAGCUGGUUCAAGAUCACAAUUCCAUUUGGCAUCAGAUAUGAUGAGAAGUGGCUGCUGAAUCUGAUUCAGAAGCAAUGCAGUGUCCCCUUCACCCCAGUGGAAUUUCACUAUGAGAAAAUGCAGGCCCAGUUCUUUGUUGAGAAUGCCGGCAUUGCCUUCGCAUUGAAGAGUGUCAACGGCAAGAUCUGGAAUGAGAAUAAUGAAAUGAUAUCUAUCUUUGUCCACCCCUCUGAUGCACCCCAGUCUGUGCAGAAGGAGCUGAAGCCAGAAAAUGUGGAUCAGAUAAAGCUUUUGCCCUCGACCCUGAGCGACAAGAAACCCUACCAGAUGGAUGGUCUAUCCAACACUAUGCAGAAUGCCUCCAGCAUCAAGGCCUUGAACCUCUCCAACAGUGAGUCUGCAGGGGAGUUGGACAAGGGCAAAAGACUGCAGCGAGAAGACAUGAGUGCAAACAGAAGCCCCCUGUGCACCACCUUUCCCGAUAAAUCAACCAACAUAAGCUCCAUCCUGGAACUGUUUUCCAAGUUAUUAUGCCUGGAUGGCCAGGAGUCACCUUCACCAACCAGCAUUGGUAUUGCAGACCACAAGAGGUUACCAACCUGCAAGGGAAGCUUCUUUGGAUCUGAUGCACUGAAGAGUCUGGUCCUGCAAUUCCUGCAGCAGUACUACUUGAUCUAUGACUCUGGAGACCGUCAGGGUCUCCUCGGUGCUUACCACGAUGAGGCCUGCUUCUCCUGGACCAUUCCCUUCAACCCCAAGGAGCCAGCCCCAAGCAGCUUGUGCGAGUACCUCAAGGAAAGCAGGAACAUGAAGAAGGUCCAGGACCCCUACCUGCGUGUUCAGCUUCUGAAGCAUACAAAACAUGACAUUGUGCACUCCCUCUGUGUGCUGCCCAAAACUCAGCAUGACCUCAGCUCCUUUGUGGUGGACAUAUGGUUCCAGAUGGACUUGAUGCUCUGCUUCUCUGUCAACGGAGUGUUCAAGGAAGCUACUCGAACACCUUUUCCCAGAAGCAGCAGGGAAUGGUUCAGUCUUUCACCACACAGUCUGGGAUGAACCUCCAACGGUCUCAGAAGUAACUUCAUGACCUCUAUUAGGAAUAUGCCGGUUCUCGUUUAAGCCAAGGUCAAGCACAAGAUCCCAGAGGAGGUCAUCAUACAGACUGAUCCAGGAUCCUGAAAACACAGCCUGGACAAGAAACCCUGUGUGGUCAUGUUCAUCUUCAUUAUCAUUGUUGUGUUUAUUUUCUAGUCUGAGUUAACUUCUGACUGAGUGGAUGGCCUUCUUGGGGCUGAGAAGCCAACGUUAAACUGAUACUUACCCACCUAAAGACCAACUGGUGUGUAGUUUCCUACUCAGGAUUCCUGAUUCUCUUCUUAAUAAAUAGUGACGUAGCAUGUUAUGUUGAAAGACUGCAAAAUCUAUUCGAGGAAGGUAUUUUGAUCACUGGUAUACAGACAAAGAAAAUGAGAGUCAGAGAAGGCCAGUGACUCCUGGAAAACAGUGGGGUAGACACUCAAAUCCUAGACCUCUCUCUAAAGCCCAGGUUGUGUGUCUGCCCCAGUUCUGUGUGCCUAUCCAGGUGAGGGAUGUUCUCUUAUUCUGUUAUACCUAGGGAUAGUGUUCUUUGCCUCUAAAAUAUUAGUCAAAUAUUUUUAUGCAGAGAACAGCAUUCAUUCUUAGCCAUACAAAUCUAUUCAAAUUUAAAAACAAUCCAUUUAGGGAAAAACAGCAUUAUAGAGCACAAGAGAACCUGGCAAGCAAAAAAUGCACUCAUAUAUGACUCACAUUGUAUUGAUAUCCUUGAUAUAUAGAAAAAUCAAUAGAGAGGGAAACAUAACAAUCAAAAAUUGUUAUUAAAAUUAAUAGCUAUGCUAAGUGAAAUUAGUCAGUCACAGAAAGACAAAAAUCAUAUGACUUCACUCAUAUGAGGACUUUAAGAGAAAAAAAAGAUGAACAUAAAGGAAGGGAAACAAAAAUAAUAUAAAAACAGGGAAGGGGACAAAACAGAAGAGACUUAUAAAUACGGAG